GUUGCGAGACUCGCGAGGCUCGUGAACCGUGCACGGAAAAAGGAUAGUAUAAAGCAGCAGCUAGCUGUACUGUUCUUCCGAAGAAAAUUGUUCGUCUUCGCCAUAUCAGUGUCAGGCAACUGCUCUUUUCGUGGGUCACAUUGAUUUUCACAGCCAUUAUUCGAGCUAGCGACAGCAAUAAUCACAGAUAUAUUGAUCAGUGUGCUUAAAAUUCAUAUAUUCUUCAUAUAUAAUGUACGCGUACGUAAAAUACAAUCAGAAAUGUCGGAAUCAUGACGAAAAAGUGAUAGUAUCCGUAAAAGACAUAAUAAACUUUGAUAAAGAUGAUAUAAAUUUUAAAAAAGUACACAAAGUGAAAUGCGGGAAAAAUGUGUGCAAAGCAACAUUAAUUUUUGUGGAAGAAACAAGAGAAGAAUUAGAAGACACUAUAAAACAACGGAGACCCAAAAUCUGUCCUAAAAAAUUACUGCAGGCAACAUCGGACAGUGAUGCAAUAUCGUCCACAGAGGAUAAUAAGCAAGAUAAUAAAAAAAUCACCAAAAAGGAUUCUUGUAGUACCAACUUCGGACGUGAAAUUCUUGAGAAGAAAUUAAAAAGUUUAACAGACGCGCAGCAGUCAAAUCUACAACAUGAAAUUAAAACGUCAAAUACAAUGAAACGACAACACAAAUCGAUUGAAGAGAAUAGUAAGAAAACACAAAAAGAUGAAUCUGUAAAAGAUUCUGAAUCCGUUGAAGGGAAAAGUAAAAAAAUGAAAAAAGAUGAAACUGUAAAAAAUUCUGAAUUCGAUAAGGAGAAUUUCACAUAUUCUGUUGAUUUAAUUUCAAAUUCCAACAACAUGGAAUUUAUGAAAAAUAAAAUAGCAAAACUGGAAAAACUGAAUCACAAACUGCAGACAAAUUUGAAGAAUUCAGAAAUUGAAAGAGAUAAGUUAAAAGAUAUGAACUAUCGUUUACAAACCGAGAUAUUGGAUAAAUUUGACGAGUGGAAAGUUAGCUUACAAAAUUUAGAAAAAGGCGAGAUAUCAAAAAUUGAAAGCAAAUUGGCAAGUGGUUCAAAACUUCCCGUUGCGUUUGUGCGUUCUGCUGAAAACAAGAUUCAUCUAGGCGAAGGUAUUUGGAUAAGAAAGGAUACGUACGACGACAUCGCUAAGGGAAGCAAAAGCGCUUCAGUGUUUGUCAAAAGUCUUGCUGUGGCAGUAUUUACGCCCGAAACAUUACAGAAUAGUAGCGUAACGGGAAAAAUUUCAGCCAAGAAGAAGGCAUCCGGCGAAAAACCCCGUCCUCCAUUAGAUCGAAAGGGUGUAUCCGCAAUCAAAAUGACUUUACGUAAUUGGAUGGUCAAGAAAAAAUACGAUGAGGCGGUAAUAGACCUGCAAUGUAAUUCUGUAGGUACCUAUCUGAGUCACAAAAUUGACGAUAUGACAAGGAAAAAUAAAAAGGCUUCAGAAUCAGAGAAAAUAAAAAUGAUGACAGUAAGUGAUCCCGAUGAUGUAAGUGAUGUAGACGAAAAUAUUCAAACAAGUACGGCGAGAGAACAGGAUACUGAAAAUACAGAAAUGGAUAAUUACAACGGCGAAGAAAAUGCAAAAAAUAUAAAUGAAGACAGUAAAAAUGAGGACAAAAAUAUCAAAGAUAGUGAUCAGGAUAGUGAUUACAUUGGAGCAGAAAUAAAUAAAGAUUCUGAUAUUACUAUAAAGAGUGAAGAAAAUAUUGAAGAAAAUGAAUCUAGUGAAAAAGAGGACGAAAAUGCCAAAGAUAAUGAAAAUUAAGAUUCAGAUAUUGCAUGAUCAUUUCCUAUAUGGUCAGAGUGAAAGUAAUUGAAAUGCAUGGAAAAUAAACUACUUCAAAUCUAAUUUCGAUUGGAAGUAAACUAAAGUAGUUCAUUUCCGAUUUGUUUCCAUUGACUUCUGCUGUCUAGCAAUUUCAAUAAAUUGUAUGUAGUUGUAGUGAUAAGAUUAUCACUGCA